GCUGAGCCUCUCUUGUGCAAACACUCCCAAACACAUACACACACACACACACACACACUCACCAAACAGGAAGACUAUACCUGCUCGGUGCGAGUUGGCUGCGAACCGUCAGAGUCAUCUGCGAAGAAGUGAAAAGAGGGUACCAGGGUCAGGACCACAGUCCCCACAGUGGGGAACAAGUUUGGCGCAGACAUAUUGGAUUACAAAAUCCACUCAAACCACUCCAGACCAGACUCCAGACCUUCAAGAUACAGAAAAGGGUUCCUGAUCGUACAAACAAAAAAAUCAUGCCUGUCCACCCGAUCACCUGUAUGAGUGUGGAUCCCAAGACCUGGGAUGAUGCUUUCUAAUUGAGUCCUACAAACCUGCAACUGUCAACCAUGUUCACACCCAGGAAAAACAGUCUUCCCUCCCCUAGUCUGGAGGACUCCUUCUUCCCUCUGUCCUCAUCCUCCUCGGUGUCUCUCUCCUUUGCUAUCCCUUCAUCUACAUCUUCUCCUGGUAGCAUUGAUGGAGGGAUAGAGACAGAUUUGAUACUCGCCGCAGAGCUUGGACAGGCUUUACUGGAGAAGAAUGAGGAACUGGCGGCCUCUCUGGAACAGAGGGAGAAGGAGAUUGAGGCUUUACAGCAGGAGAAGCAUGUUCUUCAGAGGAGGCUGGAGAUGAAUGAACUGGCAUCUGGUCAGAAAGAGUCAGAGCUGACGGCAGAUUUAGCCGCCUUGAGGACUGAGCUGGAGCGACACCACAGCCAAGGGAGAGACCGAAGAAGAGAUGAGAGUGAACAGCUGACUCAGUUAGCCAAUCAUAACCAACGAUUGGUGGAGCAGCUGGCAGAGGCUGUAACACUGGAACACUCCUUGAGGACUGAGCUUCGUUCCCUGAGAGAAGAGAUGGAAGAAUCGUCUUUUAGCCGAAAUAUCAGCUUCACACAGAUAGAGAAUAUUCAAGCAGAGAACAGAGUCUUGCUGGAGCGGCUGUCGCACAUGGAGACCCAACUGAAAGCUUCACAGGAGUACAGUGACAGACUCCGCGUGGAGAGAGAGGGACUGAGAGAGAGAGUGUCAGGACUCCAGAUGAAACUGAGAGAGAAAGAAGCAGAGAUAGAGCAGGAGCAGGGAGUGGUGUUUGAGUUGCGUACCUUGAAUCGCUCUCUACAGCAAAAAACCCUGAGCCUGGGAGAAGAGAGCAUCCUGGACUGUGCUCACACACAACCUUUGUCUCUGCUUAGUGAAAUUCAGCAGUCACAGGCUAAAGAGGCUCUUCUAGCUCACUCCACAGUCCUGCAAGCAAGAGAUGAAGAGAUCCAAGCACUCAAAGAGGAGCUAAAAUCUCAGCGAGAAGAGCUGGAGACUUUACAGGAAGAAAUCAAGCCAUUUAGAGGCAGUCCUGAAAAGCCAAGCUACAGUUCCUUAGAGAACGAGUUGGUCACGGUGCGCCAGGAGAAAGAAACGCUAACUCAGCAGCUUCUCAAUACCAUCAAACACAAGGUGGCACUGUCUCAAGAGCUGGAUGCCUGGCAGGAGGAUAUGCGGUUGGUGAUCAAUCAGCAGGUGCAGCAAAGGGAGGAGGAAAGAGAGAAGGAAAAAGAGCGAGAGAAAGACAACAAACUAGGACUCCAAAGAAGCAAAUCUUUGAGAGUGAAGGGAGAAGGAGGAAAAGGUUUCUUCUCUUUUUUCAGAGACAAAUAGCGGAGAAUUGGCAGUGGUUUAAACAGACUGAGUAUCAGCCCUCAUCUUUGCCCCUGUGAGCUCAUGUUGCCAGAAAAUGUACUGUUAUCAGAAUCAACAAGUCAAAUGUUUACAGACCUCAUAUUUGAAUAUAUUUUAAUAUAUUUGUAUAUAAAGUAUAUGGAUGUACAGUAACAGUACAUCAGUAAUUAGAGUUUUUAGGAUUUUUAUAUUAAAAAGAUAAAACCAACA